AUGUCUGCUGAAGAUUACAAGAAACAAGGAAAUGCUGCAUUUGUGGCCAAAGACUACGCAAAAGCUGCCGAGUUUUUUUCACAAGCUAUCGAUGCGUCUGAAACACCUAACCAUGUGCUCUACUCCAACAGAUCUGCAUGCUACACGUCGUUGAGAAAGUUUAGAGAAGCUCUUGAGGACGCUAAGCAGUGUGUUAGUAUCAAUUCUGCGUGGUCCAAGGGUUACAACCGUGUUGGUGCGGCGCACUUCGGUCUUGGUGACUUGGAUGAGGCUGAGCAAGGCUACAAGAAGGCGCUAGAGAUUGACCCAUCGAACAAAGCGGCACAAGAUGGCCUUGAUCAAGUACAAAAGACUCAGCAAGCCAGACAACAACAGCCUGAUUUGGGAUUUGGCCAGCUUUUCAACGACCCUAACAUGAUUGAAAAGCUCAAACAAAAUCCAAAGACUGCAGAACUUAUGAAAGAUCCACAAUUGGUUGCCAAAGUCUUGCAAUUCAAAUCUAACCCUCAAGCAAUGGGCGCUGAAUUUUUGCAAGAUCCUCGUAUGAUGACCAUUAUGGCUGCACUCUUGGGAAUUGACCUCAGCAUGGGAGGGGAUGAUCAAAAGGAAGCGGCUGCUAGCAACUCAGAGGUCCCAAAGCCAGCGAAUGCCACCUCUGAGACCGCUAAAUCAGAGACUGCUAAACCAGAAACCACCAAGUCGGUGCCUGUUGAACAGCCAGCGACCUCUACACCCGCCAAAUCCGAGCCUAUGGAGGUUGAUGAACCUGAACAGGACUCCAAAGCUGCUGCAGAUGCCGCUAAAGCGGAAGGAAAUAAAUACUACAAGUCCCGUCAAUUUGAUCAAGCAAUUGCAAAAUAUGAUGAGGCCUGGAAAUUGCACAAAGAUAUCACCUACCUGAACAACCGUAGUGCGGCUGAGUUCGAGAAGGGCGAUUACGAACAAGUAAUCAAAACUCUUACAGAAGCAGUUGACGAGGGAAGAGAUAUGAGAGCAGACUACAAAAUCAUCGCCAAAUCUUUUGCCCGUAUAGGUAAUGCCUAUCUAAAAUUGGACGACUGGAAAAAAGCUAUUGAAUUUUACCAGAAAUCGCUGACUGAGCAUCGUACCCCAGAGGUUCUAACUAAACUAAGAAACUGUGAAAAAGAUCUUAAGAUCCAUGAGGCCCAGGCGUAUAUUGAUCCUGAGAAAGCGGAGGAAGCUCGUAUACAAGGUAAAGAAUGCUUCACUAAGUGUGAUUGGCCUGGUGCAGUUGAAGCAUACACCGAGAUGGUCAAAAGAGCACCAGAAGAUGCUCGUGGUUACUCUAACAGAGCCGCUGCUCUAUCCAAAUUAAUGUCGUUCCCUGACGCUAUUAAAGACUGCGAAAAGGCGAUCAGCAAAGAUCCAAACUUUAUAAGAGCAUACAUCCGCAAAGCCACUGCACAGAUUGCUAUCAAGGAAUUCGCUGGUGCCAUAGAAACUUUGGAUGCUGCCCGCUCGAAGGACACGGAAGUCAACAAUGGUGCCAAUGCCAGAGAAAUUGAUCAACUUUACGUAAAAGCUUCUCAACAAAGAUUCAAACCCGAAGAUCCUAAUGAAACUCCCGAACAAGCUUAUGCGAGAGCCGUCAAAGACCCAGAAGUUGCUGCCAUCAUGCAAGAUCCAGUUAUGCAAAGCAUCUUGUCUCAGGCACAACAAAACCCAGCUGCUUUGCAAGAACACAUGAAAAACCCAGAUGUUUUCAGCAAAAUUCAAACACUGAUCGCCGCUGGUAUUAUCCGCACUAGGUAG